AUGGAUUCGCUACAGGGGCCAUUAUUCACCCCCCAGAACUAUGCUCCUAAAAACACAUCGGUGGAGAUAAAUCCAGCUGGUUUAGUUCUGGAGGGUCGUUCAGUGACUCUGAUCUGCAGCAGUGAUGCAAACCCAGCAGUGAACUACACCUGGUACAGAGACACCGAGAGACCUCUGAAUCCAGUUCAAACCGGACCAAACCUGACCAUCAACAACACCGACCCGACACACAGCGGACGAUACUACUGUACAGCUGAGAACAAACACGGCACACAGAACUCAUCAGUGCUGCUGGACGUCCAGUAUGCUCCAAAAAACACAUCUUUGUCAGUGCUUCCCUCCAGCUCAGUGAUGAGGGGCAAACCAGUGACUCUGAUCUGCAGCAGUGAUGCAAACCCAGCAGUGAACUACACCUGGUACAGAGAGACAGGGUCUCAGUUUGAGCUCCUCCAGACUGGAUAUAAUCACACCUACAUUGUGACAAACCCUACACACGGUGCACAGUAUGGCUGUAAAGCUCAAAACCAGCAUGGCCACUGCAAUGCUACAAUUCAGCUGGAUGUUCAGUUUGCACCCAAUAUCUCCAUCUCUUGCAGUCGAAGCAGUGUAACGGAGUGUGUCUGUGAGGCUCAUGGGAAUCCCUGUCCUACACUAGAGUGGCGUCUGUCUGGACGUGUGAUCACUAACUCUACAGAAACCUCCAUCAGUGAGGAGACGUUAGGAAGCACAGGAGUGAAGAGCGUCCUGAACAUCCAUCAGUCCCUCACAGACACGAACAUCCUGCAGUGUUUCAGCACAAACACACAUGGCAGCGCCAGUCAACAAUUUCAGGACGUCCCACCACCACAAGACACACGUUUCCAUCAUCCGUCGGUGCUGCUCGGAGCUGCUGUCGGAGCCUCAGUGAUGAUGAUCGUGUGCAUCCUGACACUCUGCUAUGAACGAAGAAGGAAAGAAAAAUCUUCAGAAACCACACAAGAUGAGACAUCUGGAUUCAUUCUGACUCAAACAGCCGUUUCUCUGGAUAAUGACAGUGAGUCUGUUUACACCAAUAAAGGCAUGCUGUCAUCCACCGCACCGAGUGCACCUGAAUCUCUUCAUUAUUCCUCCAUCGACUUCACAAACGCUGACCCGCCGUCAGGAGAGAUCAUGGGCCUUGCCUCGCUGACCAGUGAAUACGCUGCAAUCCGACGGCGUCCUGCAGGAGCCACAGACACAGAGAACAACACCUCAACAUCUGAGACAGAGCCCAAAAAACCAGACAUGACAGCAAAGAUCACAGACACAUCCUCCCCAGCAUCAGAAGACGUGAUUUAUGAAAACACGAGCCAUCGCUACAGACAGAAGUGCUAAGUUAAAUCUUUGAGAAUCUAGAGAAGUCUAUAAAAAAGGGGUCAAAAGUUCAUUUAUGCAUUUUUCUUACCAGAUCAGCAGUGGAAAAUGUACUUGACCUCAGAGUGUUGUUUGUUUUACACAUUUAUUUUGUGAACACUGUCAGCUUCUUCUGGUGUCACACUUUUACACACAAACCACUUAAAAAAAUUUUUUAAAAAGGAGUUUCCCAGAAGGAGCUGCAUAAUUUAUUUUUACAAAUGUAUUUUAUUAUACAGCAAUGUCUUUUAUUUCCUAUUCAAAAUAUAUGUAUUUUUAUGUCUAUUUUAAUUAAAUUUGUAAUUAUCAGUUGUGUUUUAAGAGAUGUACAUCAGAUUUAUCCAAUGUCUCUGAAGAAGCAAUAGUCUACAUUCUCUAAUAAUAAUAAUAAUACUGGGUUAUAUUGGGUGCUACUGGGGUUCCUCAAGGCUCAGUACUUGGACCACUUCUCUUCUCCAUCUACAUGACAUCAUUAGGAUCUGUCAUUCAGAAGCAUGGCUUUUCCUAUGCUAUGCUGAUGACACUCAACUCUACUUCUCAUUCCAACCAGAUGAUCUGACGGUAGCUGCUUGCAUUGCAGCCUGUCUGACAUUUCUAGCUGGAUGAAUGACCAUAGCCUUCAGCUCAACCUUACUAAGACAGAACUGCUGGUGGUUCAAGCUAACCCAUUUUUAGUCACAACUAUACAGCAGGGUUUGUCAACCAUAACUCCUUCAAGGACAGCCAGAAACCUAGGAGUUUUGAUGGAUCAUCAGUUAAGCUUCACAUAUUGCUACAACGGCCCGGUCCUGCAGAUUUGCCUUAUACAACAUUAGGAAGAUUAGACCCUUCCUGUCAGAGCAAGCCACCCAACUUCUUGUCCAAGCUCUUGUUCUCUCCAGACUGGACUAUUGUAAUGCUCUCCUGGCGGACCUUCCUGCAUGUACUGUCAAGCCUCUGCAACUGAUCCAGAAUGCAGCAGCUAGGGAUGUCUUCAAUGAGCCAAAAACAGCUCACGUUACUCUUCUCCUCAUCAGGUUACAUUGGCUACCAGUAGCCGCAUUAAAUCCAAGGUACUGAUGCUUGCCAAGACGACCACUGGCACGGCACUGAUAUACCU